UCAGCAACUCACGGCAGUUAGGGUUUCCGAGUUGGAUCUUCGUUUGAAGCCAGGGUGUGGCCGCGGGAUAGUAUAAUACGACGGUUCUAAUUGUUAGCCUUGGACACUCCAUACUCCGUGAAGUCCAUGUUGUCACCGGAGUUGGAAACUUACUUUUCCAAUCUUUUUUCACACAAUUUUUUCUUUUUUCUACUUAUUUAUUGCUGGAGAUGGGUUUUGCACCCCUAUCAAUGUCUGGCCUGGUCUCAAGAAAAGUUCAUUCAAGUUAAAAGUCCAAAAGACAAAAUAAGCCUCGUUCGCAAAAAUUUGAAAAGAUGAAGAAAAACGUUUAACGCUCGCGCCUAUAUUUAGGAUAGGCGUGCUGACCGGUCAAAAAGUAUAUAUGAUACAGUCAUUUACAUUUAAUAUUUUGAGAGGUGAGCUAACCCCGGAAUAUUUGCACCAUAUGAUCUCAUCACAUGGUGCAAAUUCUCAAGGUCCCACAUUUUUUAUGAUUUUUUUUCUAUUUUGGGCCCUUUUUUUAGUUUUUAUAUAGCAAGGGUUCAAUUUUAAAUUUUAGUUACUGGUCUUAGAAAGAAAAAAAUAAUAUGGCACAUGACCCUUUUAUUUCUUGAGUUGAGCCUGGAUCUCAUCACAAAAGACGACGAGCUAUCUUUUGUCUUAUUCCAGCCAUAUUUGGCUAAAAAAAGACAUUAGCUGACCAAACAAAUGACCGACUUUUUCUCUCUCAAGCGAAUAAAGAAUAGAAAUAACUUAGCAAUCUCAAUACUAUCUUGUAAGAGCGAACUUGGUUCAAGUAACAAACUCGCCUCACAUUUGUAACCUUUCUUUAUUUCGAUUUACUUCUAAUAUAAACGAGUAUUUCGACCAACUUUGUCCUUUUAUCAGAGCCGUGCAAAGAACUUCUGAUGCCAUAAGCCAAAUAAAACUAUAUUUACAAUUUUCUAAUAAACUUUUAUAUAUGCAAUAUAAUUAUAUAAUACAAAUACGGGUUGUGAAAUAAUUUUAAUGAAACAUUAACCUAAAUUUGUUUAUGUUUUAUUUAUAAACGAUAACAUUAAUAUAUAAAUACAAGUUUUAAUAUGAAUAGUAUUGAUUUAUGAUUAAUAUUAUUUUAGAAUAAAUAAUAAUCGAUGAACUGAAACUAAUCCCAAAAUAUUAAUAGUGAUCUAUACUUAAGAAUAAAAUUAUUUUCUUAAAAUAUAAGUAAAAUUUAUUAAUAUUCAAAUAUAAUACGGGGAUUUUAAUUAGUAUUUACAAAUUUGAAAGAUUUUUCUCAGAUUCAGGUUAUUGUAAUUGUAACAAGAAAAUUAUUUCAAAUCCGUCAAAAUUUAUUGUAAAAACAGAUCCAUUAGUAAAUCUGUAUGAGUAACACAUGAUUGAAUUAGGAUAUAUAAAUUUUACAACCAAUAAUACAUGAUAUUAACUUGGAUAUUAAAAUUAGAAAAGUAAUAACACUAGAUUUAAUUUGGAAUUUCAAAUCCAUGAAAAUACAUAAACAAAUAACCCCCAUUUAGUUUACAAACAUAAAAAUAAUAUAUAUAAAAAAAAUAGAAAUAAAAUAAAAUAAAAUUUUCAUUUUGAAUAAACAUAUGAUUACAACUGCAACUAAUUGUUUUAUAAAUUUAAGUUAUGACUUUAGAAAUGGUUUAGAAAAUGAUAAUAACCUUGGUCCAAAUUAGAAAACUUAUUUAAAGGGUGUUUUACCAAUGAGCCAUAUAAAAAUUUUAUGUGUGUAUGCCCUUACAUUUUACAUCAAAAAAUGAUGCCCUAAACCAAGGUUUCAAAAUUUGUUUACUAGGCACGGCUCUGCCUUUAAUCAUUUCUUAGUCACAAUCCCGAACACUAUAGAGAUCGAAUAUGAAUCACAAUAAAGAAUAACUCUCUUUAUUAACUUGAGAAACUAACUCAAAAUUCAAGCACACAAUCAAUCUCUAAAAUCCUUAAGUUAUGAAACAUGUUUGCAUCUACUUAUAUAGAGGUAUUAUUUCUCCUAAUCCUAAUAGGUAAUAUAGUUUAGAUAACUCCUAAACAUAAUUUCUAAUUCCAUAACUCGGUAGGAUUAGGAUAAGCUUGUAUCUCAAGCAAUCUUCAAGCUUAAUGCAACAUUCUCCCCCUUAAUAUUGAAGUCUUCUACCACUACAUCUUGAACUCCAAUGAGAUCUCUCAUCUCCUUGAACUUGAUUCUUCCAAGUGCCUUUGUCAAGAUAACCGCCUUCUGUUCGUGUCCUGGAACGUGUUGCACUUCUAUAAGUCCUUUCUCUACGUUCUCCCUUAUGAAAUGAUAUCAAGUAUGAAUGUGCUUACUUCUUCCAUGAAACACAUGGUUCCUUGUCAAAGAAAUUGCUGACUGAUUAUCAAUCCUGAUAAUCACUUUCUCACCCGAAUCACCCAUAAUCUCGACAAGCAAAUCUUGUAGCCAUAUGGCUUGCCUAGCUGCCUCUGUCCCAGCCAUGAACUCAGCUUCGCACGAAGAUAGAGCCAUUGUCUCCUGUUUUUGGGAGCACCAUGUAAUAGGACUGUUACCAAUGUAGAACAUGUGCCCGGUGGUGCUCCUACCAUCAUCUUCAUCAACGUUAUGACUACUAUCACUAUAUCUUACUAUCCUCAUAAGCUUCGAGUUACUGUAUGAAACGUGAUGCCAUAAGUCAUGGUGACCUGUAGAUACCUCAAAUAUUGCUUCAUAGCUUCUCCAUGUGACUCUCUUAGCGUAUGCAUGUACCUGCUCAAGACGCCGACACUAUAUGUCACAUCUGGUCGUGUAUGAAGCAAGUAGUGAAGGCAUCCGACGUUCCUUCUAUAGUUUGUUGCAUCAAUCUCCUUAUCAUGGUCUGCCUUCGACAUCUUAAGCCAUGCUUCCAUCGGUGUGUGACACGAAUUACAACUUUUCAUCCCGGCUUCUUCCAAGAUUCUCAAAGCAUAGAGUCUUUGGUUCAACGUUAUACCUCCCUCAUGCUGUUGAACCUCGAUUCCGGCAAAACAUCCAUUUCAUAUGCAAUAUAUUGUGAUAUGUUUAAUUCAUAUCUGAUUUAUAUGAUUGUGCAAAAACAUAUUUAUACUUUCAAAAAUUUCAAAUGACAUACAUGUUAUUUAUUUUUUCGGAGAAAACAUUCAGUCGUCAUAUCACAUGCCAUAUCAUCUAAUUUCACUGACCUAGAUGUUAUGUCAGCUAUUUUUGUUGAGGAAAAUGUCGCAUGUGCAGUAAUAUUUUUUAAAACAAAAUAGUUAUUUUGUAAAAAAAAUGUAAAAUUUUAUAAAUUUUUAUUAUUUAGUAGAAUAAACAAAAAUUAAUUAAAUAAUAAAAUGUUAAUCUUAUAUAAGAGAUAUAUUUUUUAUAUAUUUUGAUCCUACCACAAUAUCGUCUGUAUAAGAGUUAUAUAUGUGUUAUAAUGAUUCAAAAGCAGUGCUAGUGUUGCAGUCGUAUUACCCUCAGAUUAAUCAUGGUUAUGUUGUUUAAAUUUAACGAGUUUAGAGUAACAUAUCAUAAAUUUUUAAUCUAUUAAAACAAAAUUGUUCGCAUGAUUACACAACCGAUCUAAGAAUUUCUAUACAAACACAUAACCAAGAUUAACAUAAGAGUAACUGAACUGAUAGGAUCAAAACAUUAUGAUGAAUAUAUCUCUUAUAUAAGAUUACAAUUUUAUUAUUUAAUAAGUUUUGUUAAUUUACUAAAUAAAUAAAAUUUAUAAAUAUUUACAUUUUCUAAAAAGCUAUUUUUUAUAAAACAAAAACUAUUUUUAUUUAUUUUAUUUUUAACAAAACUUUUGUACAUGUAGUAUUCUCAUUAGUAAAAUUAACUGACGUAACAUCCACGUUUACAAAAUUAUAUGAUAUGGCAAAUGAUAUCGUGACUAAUGUAUGAUUUUGCCAAAAAAAUAAACAACUGUUAUUUAAUUUUAAAAGAAUGUAAGUAUAUUUUUACACGGUCAUAUAAACUGAGUAUAAAUUAAACAUAUGGCGAUAUACUAGAGAUAUGAAAUAGUCGUUUUCUCGUGCCAGGACAUAAGCGUAGUCUAUUUCUCCAACCAAAAGUGAGUCUAGUGGGUUACAAUGUAAUUUAUGGGCCUACACUAAAGCCUUUCUUCUUUGUGCAACGCUAAAGCCUAAAUUGCGGAAGAAACGUAACUUAUCCCUCAUUUCUUAAGCUUAGAGCCGAGUAUUAAUUAAGCAAUCUAAGAAGAGAACUCUGACCCCAACUUUACUUACAAUGUUUGUUUUCUAAAUGGCUGUAAAACGAGUGUUCAAAAAAAAAAAUGGCUGUAAAACGCAACGAAGGCCGAGUAGAAGUUUAGAACUACUUCAUAUACUUUGGGAGGAGUAUAUUCGACUAUACUCAUUUCUUUGAUCGUUGGAGCCGUUAUUGAUAAUAAUUGUGUAUAUUUUGAAUAAUGAUGUCCUUUUGUUGAGCAUAAUAAUUUCGCAUUCUCCCCAUUUACUGACCUCUACUUUGUACUCUUAUACCCGAUAUACCCAUUAAAAGGGGGUUAUAAUCAGAUAAAGAAAAUGGCAAACCAAUUCGAUAUUAUAUUUUGUAAAUGUAGUAAGAAUCUUUACAGGUAGUGAACAAAAAAGAAAAGAAAAAUUGUGGUUUUGAAACAUUCAACAGAAAAGGGCGACUUUUACUUGUUCCUUGAAAACAAAGGCACAGAAGUCUUAUCUACAUAAGAAGAAUUCAAAGUCAAGGGUAAUAAAAUUCAGAUGAAGACGCGCUAAAACGACUAAAAAUAAGCCGUUGUACCAGUCUCGGUCGCCUAUUAAAUAAAGGAAAUUAAUAGUGUGACGAAAUCAACAACACGUAACUAUCAUAUACUUACUAUAUGGUCUUCUCCGUGGUACGGAUUUACGCGUUCAAGCAUCUCGUUAUCUUGGUAGAAAUAUUUUUAUUUCCAGCAAUGUUGUCCACACAAAAAAAUGACGAAAUCAUCUAUCUGAACUGCGAAACAAUUACGGUAUGAUUCUAAUAGUAACAAAAACAUAUAGAUACAUAGAUAUAUAUAAAGAGUUUUGUUAUUAUAUACUAACGGCGGUGCGGUUUGUAAACAUUUAGAUGAGCACGUGAAAUUAACUUUUACCUAUUAAAAAAGGAAAUAAAAUCAAAUCUGGACCAUCAGAUGAUAAUGAAUCAUGGAAACAAAGUUUGGUGACUUAUUAAACAUAAAUAGAAAGCUUUAUAAACAAAGCGAUAACGUAUAUAAGUGUUGAGGAUUGGUUAGCUACUCUCCUAUCUUUCAAAUCUACUUUCCCCACUAUAAGUUUAUAACAUUACUCAGACACGAAUUUUAAAUUUUAUCUAUUUAAAAUCGGAAUAACAACAUGCGGGACAACUGAAAAACAACUACGGUGGUGUAGUCGUAAUAGUAACAAAAACAUAUAUAUAAGUUUAUGUAGAGAUUUUUGUUACUAUUAAAUGUGAUGCAUUAUGGGCGUUUGUAAACAUUAAGAGCCUUAAAGCAUCUACAUCAGCGAACAGGGAAGGCGCGAUUCCCUAUAGUAUUAUUUUGAUUUUUUUCUUUUUCUAUUUGUUUAAAAAAAUAUAUAUAGUCAAAUUAAUAGUGGGCCACCACGUGUUGUGGGAUCCGCGAAACAGUGAUGAACCCGUAUCACUGCAGAGAGUUCACGCAACCUGGGUUCACAAAAUAUGGAUUAUUAUAAUAAUUUUUUUUGGGAACUGUGUGAACUUGGGCUUUAAUCCCCUAAUGAAGGUGCUCUUAGAUUCAUCCUAUUUAGAAUCUACCACAUUUAAACCUCAAACAGGUUUAGGCUUAUUUGGUUUUAAGAUAUAUUAUUAUUCAUUUAGACCAUGAAUAUUACAUUGACCCACUUAAAUCUAUUUAAAAUGAUAUGUGAUUUUUAAAAAAAAUAUUAUUUAUAAUGUAAAACUAUUGAAAUAAAAUAUCUAAAAAUAAAAUUAUAAAAAUUAUUUAAAGAGAGUUUUUGAAAAAACGUUUAAGUUAAUUUAUUUUUUUAAUGAAAAUUUGAGUAAAGUAAUUUAAAAAAAAAAUCGGAAAGCCAAUAUUUUGUUUAAAAAAAGUUAGAAAUUAUUUUUGAAAAAGUGUAUAUAUAUAUAUAUAUAUAUAUAUAUAUUAAAAUAUUCAAUUAUGAAAAUAUAUUUAAUUAAACAUGUUAAUAGGAUCUUCGUCAAUUUUAGAUAAAAUCUCGUUUAAUAAAUAGAUCUUAAUAGCACUGCUUAUUUAAAACUCGUUAAACUAAAUAUAUCUAAAUAAACAUUUAUUUAUAUCAAAAGUCCAUCAUAAACCUGAUAAAACCCUCAUUUUAACAUCCUAAUCAUGAUAUUGCAUCUACAUCAUUAAGGUAUAUGUUUUCUUUACUUGAUCUCAUGCCGCUUCCACACCAUUUGUUCUUUCUUUCUUUUUCUUUACCCUGAAUUUUGGUAGACACACAUUUUUAAUUUAGUUAUGGUUAGCCACUAUGUAUGGUCUUUUUUAUUUGUUGAUAAUUUUUAAAUGUCAAAUGGCCCCUAUAAUAUUCGAUAGCAAUACGAAAGUCAAAUCUUAAUACUAUAAGCAACAAACGAUCUUGCACUUGUGUGCUGCCAAAAGAACCUGGUAAUUAAAUAAUAUAUAACCAGUUUAGAGGUCGUCUGUGUCACUAGAAAUAAGAUAGAAUUUCUAAUCAAUUGCUAUUAUGACCAUAUAUCCUAUAACAUAUAGGGGAGAACACAAAUCAAAUAUUUGGGGUUUUUGAAAAUAUUCCCGAUCUCGAUUCGAUUUGAUCCAUAGCUAACACUGAAUAUCUACAAAUUUUUAUAUUUUAACCAAGUAUCUGAUUGGAUCGGUACAAAUAAAAUAAAAACAAAAUAAAUCAAAAAUAAUAUAUAAUAAUAAUAAUUUAAUAAAAAAUAGAAUUUAUUCACGUUUUCAAACUUUAAUGACUAAAAUAAUCAAUAUAAUAAAUAAAAUAAUAUAAAAAUUAUAUAACAUAUAAAAAUUCUAUAGUUUAUAUAUAUAUAUAUAUUUUUUUUUAAUAAUAUAUAACAUAUCAGAUCAAAUCUGAUAUUUAUGAUUAAAAAUAUAUGUAUUUGUGAUUUAUUUCGUUUCUUACGAAUAUUGCAUAUAAUUAUUUGUUUUACUUCAUAGAAUUACAGAUAUUCAGAUUUUUUUGUUUGAAUUGAAACAAAUAACAAAUCAUAUCAAAAGUUACUGGCAUUUUGUCUAGCCCUAGUAAUAUAGUAAAACUAACUUAAACCACUUCUAUUUCUUUUUCUGAUAUAGAAAUUACUGUUUUCCUCUAUAUUUAGAGCAUAGAUAACAUUAUUUUAUUAUAUAGAUAUAGUAUUUACAAAAUGGUCUUUCAGUUCUUUUUUUAAUUAUGAAUAAAAAUAAAUAAUUUAUAGAAACACACAACUUUUAUAUAAAUGAAAUCAUACUUUCUAUUUACAUGAUAAUCUUUUUUAAAUAACUCUCUAGUUUACAUAAUAUCAUAAUUUUAUGAAAAUCUUUUAUAAAUUAAAAUAAAUGGGCUUAAGUUUCAAAUUUCACCAAAUAAAAUGUAUUAUCUGUAAAAUAAAGAAGAAUAUAUCAAAGUAUUUAUUUUAGAGAAAAAAUAGAAGAAUACAUUAGAGAUAAACAUAUCUCCAUUAUAGUAUUCUAUUAUUUUAGAAGGAAAAAUAGAAAAAUAGAUUGGAAAUGGUCUAAUAAUCACAUUAAUACCAUGUCAAAAAGGUUUAAGGGAGAAAUGAAUACCCAUUACUUGGGUCCCAAUCGUAUGCUUUCUUUACAUUUCCGCUUACAACUUUAUGUAACUUUUUUUAAUCCGGAUAUAUGUUCUAUUCCUUAAUUUUGAGUUUUCUAAAAAACAAUUUAGUACUUGGUCAGAACUUUAUCAUCUCGUUAUGACUAGUCGAUAAUUAUUUCAAGUUUGAUAACUUAGUGAACAUAAAUAGUAGCUUUAUUGGAAAUCAAAAUAAUAUUCUAAUAUAUAAUUUGUGAUAACAUAUAAGUAUUGUGGAUUGGUCAGCUACCCUCGUGUCUUUCAAAUCUUUUCCCCAUUGUAAGUUUAUAACAUUCACAACGCAAAAUUAAAAAUUUCUGCUUGCUUCUACAAAUUCAACGAAACGAUCCAUCAUCCAGAUUAUAUAACACACAAACAGAGAAAUACGCAGAUAUAUAAUACUAAUGGCGACGGAUCGGUUCAUUGUUGAGGUUGAGAAGGGAAAAGAAGGCGUAGAUGGAGGAAGUCCGUCGGUCGGUUCGGUUUACCGGAGUAUCUACGCCAAAGACGGUUUUCCUGAACCUGCCGAUGAUCUCCUCAGUUGCUGGGAUAUUUUCCGCUUAUCUGCGGAGAAAUCUCCAGAUAAUCCUAUGCUUGGUCGUAGAGAAAUUGUUGAUGGAAAAGCAGGGAAAUAUGUAUGGCAAACUUACAAAGAAGUAUAUGAUAUAGUGAUCAAGCUUGGAAACUCUAUCCGGACUAUUGGAGUUGGAAAAGGAGAGAAAUGUGGUAUUUAUGGCGCCAAUAGUCCUGAAUGGAUUAUAAGCAUGGAGGCUUGCAACGCUCAUGGACUCUACUGUGUACCUCUGUAUGACACUCUUGGUGCUGGAGCAAUAGAAUUCAUCAUUUGUCAUGCUGAGGUUUCACUUGCUUUUUCUGAGGAGAAAAAGAUUUCUGAGUUAUUGAAGACAGCUCCAAAUUCAACAAAAUAUUUGAAGAAUAUUGUGAGCUUUGGGGAGGUUUCAAAUGUGCAAAGAGCAGAAGCUGAGAGGCACGGAUUAUCGAUAUAUUCAUGGGACCAAUUCUUGAAGCUUGGCGAGGGAAAACAUUAUGAGUUACCAGAGAAGAAAAGAAGCGACAUUUGCACUAUAAUGUAUACAAGUGGCACAACUGGUGAUCCUAAAGGAGUCUUGCUCACAAAUGAGAGCAUUAUUUAUCUACUUGAAGGUGUUAAAAAGUUGCUUAAAACUAUCAAUGAAGAGUUAACCAGUAAAGAUGUUUACCUCUCAUAUCUACCUCUGGCUCAUAUCUUCGAUCGCGUGAUUGAGGAGUUAUUUAUAUAUGAAGCCGCCUCCAUAGGAUUUUGGAGAGGGGAUGUUAAGAUUUUAGUUGAAGACAUUGCUGCUUUGAAACCGACUAUUUUCUGCGCUGUUCCUCGCGUGCUAGAGAGGAUAUACAACGGUCUUCAGCAGAAACUUUCUGAUGGUGGUUUCUUAAAGAAGACCUUAUUUAACUUUGCCUUCAACUACAAACAUAAUAACAUGGUGAAAGGGAAAGCUCAUGAACAAGCAGCUCCAAUCUUUGACAAAAUUGUAUUUAAGAAGGUAAAAGAAGGAUUAGGAGGAAGAGUGCGUCUAAUCCUCUCAGGAGCAGCUCCUCUUGCAGCUCACAUCGAAUCUUUCCUUAGAGUUGUCGCAUGUGCUCAUGUUCUCCAAGGAUACGGUCUAACGGAGAGUUGUGGUGGGACAUUUGUAUCGAUUCCAAAUGAGCUUCAAAUGCUUGGAACGGUUGGUCCACCGGUUCCAAACGUUGACAUAAGGCUCGAGUCAGUUCCAGAGAUGGGUUACGACGCUCUUGCUAGCAAGCCACGUGGAGAGAUUUGCAUAAGAGGAAAGACUUUGUUCUCUGGAUAUUACAAACGUGAAGAUCUCACUCAAGAAGUCUUCAUUGAUGGAUGGCUUCACACUGGUGAUGUCGGUGAAUGGCAACCUGAUGGAGCCAUGAAAAUUAUCGACAGAAAGAAGAACAUCUUUAAACUCUCACAAGGAGAAUACGUUGCGGUUGAGAACUUGGAGAACAUUUACAGCCACGUAGCCGCCAUUGAAUCGAUAUGGGUAUAUGGAAACAGCUAUGAGUCUUACUUAGUGGCAGUGGUCUGUCCAAGCAAGAUACAGAUCGAACAUUGGGCUAAAGAACAUAACGUUUCAGGAGACUUUGAGACUAUCUGUCAAAACCAAAAGACCAAAGAGUUUAUCCUUGGAGAGUUCAACAGAGUAGCCAAAGACAAAAAGCUAAAGGGAUUUGAGCUGAUAAAAGGUGUUCACUUGGACACAGUUCCAUUCGACAUGGAAAGAGAUCUCAUCACACCUUCUUACAAGAAGAAAAGGCCUCAGCUUCUCAAGUACUAUCAGAAAGAGAUUGAUGAAAUGUAUAACAAAACAAAGAACUGAAGCUUUUUAUACUAGUGUGGAGCCUGUGAGAAGAAGGAAGGUGUUGGAAAAGUCUCAGGUUGUAUAUUUCUCUGUUCGUUGUGAAUCAUAUUGUUAUAUGUCUCUGUGUUUUGUUACCAUCGAAGUUGCUUGUGUCCUAAGGAAAAAAAAUACAUCAUAAAGUUAUUUUCUGCUUGUAAACAAAGAUAUCUACCUUCUUUGUACUGACCAUACUCUCUCCUUAUAUUUUGUGUAUUUGUAUUCUAUGUUGUGAUAAAACUCUCUCUAUUUUUUGCAACUUCUUAGUAGAUUUACUGAUUGGUAAAAUAGAUUAACUAUACCUAACUAUUACAUCUAGUGAGUUAAUAUAUCUCGUAUAAAAUAAACAACUUGGGGGAAAUGUUCCAAGUGAUAUCAAUUUUUCAAAACAAUUAUUCUCAUUCUGCGCAUUUCAUAUUAGUUAUAUCAAUAAGUUUCAAAUUUUAUCUAUUUAUGGAAGACAAACAAAACAUUUCAUAAGAUGAGAAAUGAAAUACGUUUGAAUUGAGGAAAAAAAUUUAGAGUACCUACUAGAUUCAACAUCUUGUGUAGAUAAAAAAAAAUA